GGCCAGAGUCCCAACAAUUUAACGAUUUUGCCAGUAAUCCUGGGUGAGCGUACAGCAGCGUACAGCUUUGCAAGCACAUUGUCCCCCCGUAAAAAUCCCGUACGAAUAAUGAACGACAAAAUGGCGUCGGCGUACAUGUGCACAUAGAGUACCUGCAUUUGUUUUCGGUUGUAAAUCCGGUUUCUCCCGUCGUGUCUCGUCUCUCCCCGACAAGGAUUAAUACAGACGACAGGGCACAUAACGGAAAUAACGACGGGAUGACCUCUGCGAGGGCGCAUUAAUGCAUUAAACGAGAGAUAUUCUUAACAUUCUUGAAGAAGAAGCGGCGUAGCAAAACGGAAUUCGCCGCAAUUACCUUCUCACACUGUCGUAAACGUGAUUAUUUCGCCGAUAACUCAACAACCGCGAUCUCUUCCGAGUCGAGUCGUGAAUUUGUUGCAGCCGAAAAAGAAGGGAAGCUGGGAAAUUCGAAUAAAACACGAGGAAGCGAUGAAAUCAUAAAGAUGGAGAAAAAGAAAAAGAACGUGGCGGCGAAUGGAAAAACCGGCGGUCCCAAGCGUAAUCGCGGUGCUAUAAGAAGCCGAACCGGAUUUAGAGGAAGAGGUACAAGAAUUAAACGGGGCAAUGUCGGGGUCAUCGUGAAGAAACAGCAGCAGCAACAGACUUGGCAGCGCAAUGCGAAUAACACAAAUAAUGUUCGCGGUUUCGCUAAGAAUCGCUUUAAGAAGAAUGUCGGUAAUCUCGCGAGAUCGCGCAGCAAUUUGAGUUUGAAUCAGAAAACGAACGCGAGAGGUGCGUUCAACGUGCGCCGUGGCAGAGGCAAUAGAUUCUCCGGUUUGACUCGUAGCAGAAGUCGCACCAACCUGACGUUCAAUCAGGGCGGCUUCUUCACGAAUAACAAGAGCCCGUUAAAGAGAACAAGUAGUUUGCCUAACUUACGAGAUCCGAAUUCUGUCCACAAUCGCCUAGGAUAUCAAAGUCCUGCUCAGAUCGCCUAUCGGAAUCGUGUGAAACGUGCGAAGCAGCUGCUGCUACAGAGACAGAAUCAAAGAUUAAACUUACAGAAUCAAUUCAGACUGGCACAGACCGGACAGAAGACUCUACUCUCUAUGCAACCAAGAACUUUGGGAAGGCAACAGAUAUUAACGUCGCAGCGUCGCUUUACAACCGGUGGACUGCGAUCCGAUCAAAUCGCUCGUGCCCAGAGGCGAGCGCAAUAUGAACAAAAAUUGAUGAGAAUGAACUCUGCCCGACUGACUCCUACUCCAAAUGUCAACUUCAUGUGCACACUGGGAAGUGAGUACACACCUACCACCACACGUCAGCGACCACUCACUCUCAACCAGAGUCGACACACUGCGACCAUCGGUAACAUGCGACAACUACCUAGAGGACGAUCGCCAUAUAGACAAAACGCACAGGGUGUAAAUAUGAUUGGUCGAGCACCAUUAUUCGGUGCACAAUUCGGCCGGCAACGCUCGAGAUCGAGAUCACGAUCACGUUCGGGCACGCACAACACGAACACAUCCGAUUCCAGUGGGGACGUCGAUGAUCGCAGUUUCAGCGAAGUUAUGUACAGCCUAUCGGGAAAUCUCGGCGUUACAGGGCGAACUCUUAAUGAUCGGUUUAGUUUUUAACUGAUAUAAUCUCGAAAACUUUACUUUAUAUUCAAAAACUUAUUGAUAAUCUAUUAAUGAUAAUUUACUGGUAAUAUAAGAAAAACGAAGGGAGAGUAACGUUUUUGUUUUUAAUAAUACAAUAUAGAUAAAAUGUUGUUCUUUUUUUUCUAUGUAAACAUUAUUAAUGACAAUGCAAUGCGCCCAAUGCAUUAAUUAACAAAUAAAUUUUUUUUUUUUUGUUUAUUUUAAUGCAAAAGUUGAUUUAAAGUAUCGCUUUCUAGCAUUUGCACUGUUAUGUGUGUACAAACUAUUUGUAGGGAAUAUCACGAAAGGUAGCACUUUUAUCAGAGAUUUAUGAUAAUCAUACAUAUGGAUAGUAUGAGAAGCGAUUUUCAUCUAUCAAAAUUAAAGAAAUCUUGAUUUUUUUUAUCUGUGUGCAAUACCUUUGUAAAAUCUUCAGUAUUUUUUAUUACACGAAAAAUAGAGAGAAGUAUGUUAUGUUUAAAUACAUAUAACAGCAUACAGAAUUUAUUGAGGGAGUUUCGAUAUUUAGGAUGAAAAUAAAUCUCUUUUCUCUUAAGUGUAUAUUACAUUUGAAUAUAUGAAAUAGAUUGCUAAUAUCUUUUGAAUGUACUUUCUUUUUGCUUUAAGAAAUAUACAAAUCUUGACUAUA